CUUUUUGUAAUUAAAUAGUGAAGAGCUCGAGGCAACAUCAUGACUAUCUACAACUUUAAAAAAAUUGCUGUUGUCCCGUCGGCCAAAGAUUUCAUCAAUAUAACGCUGUCAAAGGUACAGCGAAAGACGCCAACUGUCAUUCACAAACAGUAUGCAAUUCCGCGUAUUCGUGCCUUUUACACGAGGAAAGUUAAGUUUACGCAGCAGACUUUUCACGAUCGUCUAAGUCAAAUUAUACAAGAAUUUCCAAAACUCGACGAUGUUCAUCCAUUUUAUGCCGACCUUAUGAACGUUUUGUACGACAAAGAUCAUUAUAAAUUAGCUUUGGGUCAAACAAAUACAGCCAGACAUCUAAUCGACAGCGUUGCAAAAGAGUACGUUCGACUGCUCAAAUAUGGGGAUUCGCUAUAUCGAUGCAAGCAAUUGAAAAAGGCCGCGCUGGGUCGCAUGGCCACUAUAAUGAAAAGGCAAUCUACCAAUUUAACUUACUUGGAACAAGUGAGACAACAUUUAUCUCGAUUGCCCAGCAUCGAUCCUUACACAAGAACAAUUAUUAUAUGCGGCUUUCCCAAUGUUGGAAAAAGUAGCUUUAUCAAUAAAAUUACAAGAGCCGACGUCGAAGUGCAGCCUUAUGCUUUUACAACUAAAUCAUUGUACAUUGGUCACAUGGACUACAAGUAUUUACGAUGGCAAGUGAUCGAUACACCUGGCAUUUUAGAUCACCCCUUAGAGGAGAGAAAUGUCAUUGAAAUGCAGGCUGUAACGGCUUUAGCUCACUUAAGAUCCGCUAUUCUAUACUUUUUUGACAUUUCGGAACAAUGCGGUCAUUCUUUGGACGAGCAGAUGAAAUUGUACGAGUCGAUCAAGCCACUUUUUCAAAAUAAAUCCGUCACCGCCGUGCUGAAUAAAACGGAUGUUAUACGUUUGGCCGAUCUGCCGCCGGAAAAGAGAAGUAUUCUGAAAAAACUGGAAGACGAUGAAAAUAUUCCAGUCAUUGAAAUGAGUACCAUCACAGACUUUGGCGUAAUGGAGGUAAAGAAUCAGGCUUGCGAAAGAUUAUUGUCCUCGAGAGUCGAUCAGAAGUUGAAAAGCAAAAAGAUUGACAAUAUUUUGAAUCGCUUGCACGUGGCUCAACCGAAACCACGGGAUAACGUUGCUCGUUUGCCCUGUAUACCCGAUAGUGUCGUGCAGAAGAAAUUAUUGUCAGCUAACAAAAUCGAGCAACGAAAACGGAAAUUAGAGCGAGAAAUUGAGGAAGAAAUGGGCGACGAUUAUGUUUUGGAUCUCAAGAAGAAUUAUGACAUCGAAGGCGAUCAAAAAUAUGAUAUUAUACCAGAAUUUUGGGAAGGUCACAACGUGGCGGAUUACAUCGAUCCCGAUAUAUUCGACAAAUUGAAUGCAUUGGAGAAGGAAGAAGAGAUAAGAACAGAGGCUGGCAUCUACAAUUACAGGGUGCCAGAGUUAAGUGAAACGAUGAAAGAAAUACAAUUGUUGGCAAAACAAAUUCGCGAGAAGAAAAUAAUCAUGAAAGAAGAAUCGAAAAUAGUUAAGCAAUCGACCAAGCCAGUAAUGCCUCGUACAGCUGCUGUUAAAAUUCGUGAUCGUUCCGUGUCGAAGCUUCGAAAUCAAAUGGAAGAUUUAGGAGUAAACAUGCAAGAUACAGGAAACGCACACUUUACCAAAACGAAAAAGCGAGGCAGAUCAUUAUCCCAGAGUGGUGACCGGAAGCGGCAACGUUUGCAAUCGACUUCCAAGGCUCGCAGUAGUUCUAGACCUCCGAGAGAUGAAAUGGGCGUUAAGGAUACUGUGAUGAAGAGUAAACUUAAGAAGAUAGCGCACAAGGCUAUUAGGAAGAAAAUUGCUAAUAGGGGUCUCAAGGGUGAAGCGGAUAGAUUUAUCGGUAACAAAAUGCCGAAGCACUUAUUCGCUGGUAAACGAUCGAUCGGAAAAACCGACAGGAGAUAAAUAUUACCUUCACAUUGUUAUUAUUAUUAUUAUUAUUAUUAUUAUACAUAUAC